UUUUAAGUCUGUUUUUAUUGAUAAAAACUUUGUAAAAACAAUUAAAAUAACUUCGAUCACGGUAGAACCGAGUGAAUUUGUGUGAAGGUUUUGGUAAUUAAGCAGAUUAAAUAAAUACAGCAUUUCUUUGAGGCAUUUGUUGGUCAUUUGCAUUUGAGUCCAGGCAGGAGGACAUGGCUUCGCCCGUCUGUUUGACCUGUACGCAAACGACGGACCCGAUUCUGGCAACGUCGGUUGAUGAAAAUGAAAGCGUACGGAUGGCUUUAACCAAACACUUUUGGUUUACCGAAAACCAAAGCAGUAACAGCAUUUUGUGUCAAACAUGUUGGUAUAAGAUCGAUGAUUUCCACAAAUUCUACACCGUUAUCGAGAGGAUUCAUUUCGAUAAGGAGCACAAUCUUACGAUGCAGCUGCAAUCGUUGAAGCAGGAGGCUUUCGACCCGGAGUUGGAGCCUCAAUUCGGAGAACAACCAAUGCAGGACGAAUCUACCGAUGAAACGUUGAUAAAAGCCGAAGCAUUUGUUAGUUGCUUUUAUGAUGAGGAUGCUAAAGUUAAGGAACAACCGGAGCCGACUGCUUCCGAGUACCUUGAUAAUGCAUCGGACGAAAUGGUUGACGAACAGGAGGAUACCGCAGACGGUGAAGCCAUUGGUUGGGAGGAACCGAAACUCCCUGCCAGUAGCAGGCGCGUUCGUCCUCGGAAGCGUCCACCGCAGCCCAUCAGCGAACAAACCAUUGCUCAGUACAUUAAUUUGGAGUGCGAUACUUGUUCGCACAAGUUCGAUACGUUCAGUGAUUUGCAGCGACAUUCGACGGCAGAACAUGACAAGCUGGCGUACGUUUUCUGCUGUGAUUUUAAAUUUUGCCGGAAACCUCGCCUGAUCGAUCACCUGCUGUACCACAUGAACCCGGGCCAGUUUCAGUGUGACGUUUGCUCGAAGCAGUUCCAGAACCGGGAAUCGCUGAAACGACACAAACGUACGCAUACGCAUGAGGAAGCGGAGACGGUCCUGACGUGUAGUUUUUGUCCGAAAACUUUCACGCGACAGAAGAAUCUUUACGUGCACGAGAAGUAUCACCGGAAGUUGAAGGAAAACAAGUGGCAUUGUGCGAUUUGUGAUAAGUACUUUGCGUACGAGUCGAUUCUGCAGGGUCACAACGAGAGGAAACAUUCGAGCAAGGACUUUAAACACGUUUGUCACGUGUGUGCGAAAGGGUUUCACACGCAGGUGUCGUACACGUCGCACAUGGCGACGCACGACGGUAGUUCGAAGCAGAACCGGACGCCGGCGGACUUUGAGCGCGUGCAGUGCACGCAGUGCAAUAAUUGGAUUCUAAAAAAUAAUAUUAAAAAGCACAUGCUCGUGCAUUCGGGCACACGAACGUGUGAACAUUGUGGCCAGGAAUGUAAGAGCAUUAUGGCGCUAAGGUACCACAGGGCACAGCACCGAGCGGCCGUUAUACAGUGUACGGUUUGCGGGAAGACGUUCAAACAGCAGCUUUCCUUGAAGGAGCACAUGACAACCCACACUGGCGAGGUGCUGUACAGUUGUGAUUUCUGCGAUAAGACAUUCAAUUCCAAAGCCAACCGGGCGGCACACCGAAAAAAGAUGCACCCCAAGGAGUGGUUUGAGGAUAAGCUGCGAAAGUUUCCCGGCCUUUACAUGCAACCGCAACAUUCACUGUAAAGGGGGAGGGUGUGUGAGAAGCAAAUUUAGCUCGACAGUGUAAUAUUUCCGGUAAAAUUAAACAAAAAUAAGCUAAGAUCUAAGUUAAAUAUAGCUCUUUGACAAGUACAGAAAGAAGCGGCGUACUUUAGAAGGGUUUUAAAGCAUUUUUACUUACCUUUUAUCAUUCGCCACAAGGAAGUUGAAGACACUAGCUGCUGCAAAAGAAAAAGGGAUAUUAAGACAAGCUAAAAUUUGUUUUGUUAAACAAU